AUGGGAACCAGGCAGCAAAACAAAGUGCAUUGGUUCAAGCUCUUUCACUCCCAUCCCAUGUCUUUUGCAAACGUAGCAAUUCCCAUUGCUCUCCUUUUCGCCUUUCUCUACCUUCGAUAUGGAGUCUUCUUCUUCCUUCCAAAACAAAAAAAACUUGAUCACAGACCACCACCCCCACCGCCGGGUCCUUGCCCAUUGCCCCUCAUCGGAAACCUCCACAUUUUGGGUGUCCUUCCUCAUCGCACCCUUCAAUCUUUGGCCAAAACAUAUGGCCCCAUCAUGUCCCUCAAAUUGGGACAAGUCCCAGCCAUUGUGAUCUCUUCGUCUCAGGCUGCUGAACUUAUCUUCAAGACAAAUGACAUCAUUUUCGCUACUCGUCCAAAGACUCAAGCUUAUGAUUACCUCUCUUAUGGCUUCAAAGGCACUGCGUUUGCUGAGUAUGGCCCAUACUGGCGCCAUGUCAAGAAGCUGUGCACUGUGCAGCUUCUGAGUGCCCCAAAAAUGGAGAUGUUUGCCCCGUUGAGGAGGAAAGAGCUUUGUUCAGUGGUGAAAUCGCUCCAGAAAGCCUCGUCAUCGAGACAGAUUGUGAAUCUUAGCGAAGUUUUGCACAACCUUACGGAGAAUAUGGUGUUUAAGAUGACAUUCGGUCCUAAUACUAAUAAGGAUAAUGCCUUUAAUUACAAGGAGAUUGUUCAAGAGGGAAUGAUCCUUGCCGGUGCUUUUAACCUAGCAGAUUAUGUGCCUUGGUUACGACCUUUUGAUCUUCAGGGAUUACGAAGACGAUUAAAGAAAUGCAGGGAAGCAACUGACGAACUGUUGGAGAAGAUAAUAAAGGAGCGUGAGGAAGCACAAAAGAUAGCCAAGGAGAACUGCCAAAGUUUCAUAGACAUACUUCUCUCUCUGAUGAACCAACCCAUAGGUUUGCAUGAUGACCAAGAAGUUGUCGUUGAUCGGACUAUGGUGAAGGCUAUAAUAAUAGAUAUGUUUGCUGCAGCAUUGGAGGCUUCUGCUGUUGUGGCUGAGUGGGCUUUAGCAGAACUCAUAAAGAAUCCAAGGGUGAUGAAGAAGCUCCAAGAUGAGAUUCAAAAUGUUGUGGGGAUGAACAGAAUGGUGGAGGAGAUAGACUUGUUGAAGUUGAGUUACUUGGAUUUAACAGUGAAGGAGACCUUAAGAUUGCAUCCCGCUGGAUCUCUGAUUCCUCGUGAGGCAAGGGAAGACAUCAUAAUUAAUGGUUAUUACAUCGAAAAAAAGACAAUGGUUCUGGUGAAUACAUGGGGCCUAGGUCGAGACCCUAAGCUAUGGUCAGAUAACGCAAUGACAUUUUAUCCGGAGAGAUUCCUAAAUAACGAGAUGGAUGUUCGAGGACAUCACUUCCAACUCAUACCAUUUGGUUCAGGUCGAAGACGAUGUCCUGGUAUGCGAAUGGGUCUGACCAUAAUUAAACUUGUUGUGGCUCAGUUGGUUCAUUGCUUUGACUGGGAGCUUCCUUAUGGCAUUAGCCCUGAAGAGUUGGAUAUGAAUGAGAAAUUUGGGCUCACAAUACCAAGAGCCAAGCACUUGCUAGCAAUACCAAUUUGUCGCUUAUACGCUUAGUGAAGUUCCUAAUGAAAGUUAAUGUAACUUCUUUAAUGUUUUGAAUUAUACUUUUGUAAGAAGUAUCCGUGGGUUUUAUGUCAAAAAGUUCCUUUUGUUUA